AUGGACGGACCAAGCCAGGACUUUGGCGACCAAGCCCAGGGCUUUCAAAACAACUUUCCCCUGACAAACGACGAUGCCAAUAUUGAUCCCUUACUCGACUGCACAAUGGGAGCUCAGGCGUCCCCGAUUGUUAGCAAUCCCAUCAACAACGAGCUUCUCAUGGGCUCCAACAUGUGGAACCCGAUGAACAACCCCGUCAACUUCUUUCCUCCCUCCAUCCCAAUGGCACCAUCAGCUUUGAACAACAGUCCAAAACUACCCAACGAAAUGCAUUCAACCCCAGAGACUCCAUUCAGUGAGCCCACGUCUGGCGGCCCAACAAGACAAUCGAGCAAAUCAUCAAUCCCUUCAAUAGAUUCAGCCAACACCGACACCAAACCUCGACGCAGCAGCAGAGCUACCAAGACAAAACGUCAACAGACAUCAGCGGAAAAGGAACCUGCCGCCAAGCCGCGCCAAAAAAGAGCACCCAAGGAGCCAUCGCUGAAGGAGGAAGAUGAGGACGAAUAUGAUGGACUAGACGAGACGGAAAAACGCAGCAAGUUCCUCAAACGCAACAGGAUCGCGGCAUCCAAGUGUCGUCAAAAGAAGAAGGAGUGGAUGAGAGAAUUGGAGGAAACCAAGAAUGAAUUGGAGGGCGAGAACACUGCCCUACAGACCCAGUACACCGAGCUCAUGGGCGAGUUGACCACCAUCAAGAAUCAACUCAUGGAUCACGCAUCUUGCAAUGAUGUCAACAUCAACCAAUGGCUUGACAACGAGGCAAAGAGAUAUGUCCAGCGUAUUGCAGCACAGUCCGCGCAGAACAGACAGGCUCCUCCAGCGCCGCCACAAAAUGUACCUGGAGAAUUUUACAAUACGCAUCGUCGCAGCUCAAGUGUCGCCACCUCUACACAGCGAUCGAUAGAAUCAGAGACCAUCUACGCCGAUAACCUCAUUGAUACGAGAGACUGA